AUGGCAGAAGGAUUUUCCAGGCCAACACGACUCUCGUUUGAAGGCAACGUUGCUGAGAAUUGGCGUCGCUUCAAACAGAACUAUGAAAUAUACAUUGUUGCUGCAGGACAUAGUCGGAAAUCAAAGAAAGAAAAGUCAUGCAUCCUCUUAAAUCUAGCUGGCGAAGAUGCAUUUGAAAGAUAUAAUUCUUUUACCUACAACGAAGAGGAAGACAAAGACGAUCCAGAAAUUCUAGUGAAGAAAUUUGAAGAAAUUUGUAUGCCGCUUAAGAAUUUAACAUUCGAAAGACAUUUAUUUCGUACAAAGAAGCAAAGUCUGUCAGAGUCGAUUAGUUCCUUUGUUACGGAUUUGAAAAACAUUGCUCGAAAGUGCGAGUUUGGUGACCUCGAGAGCGAACUCAUUAAAGAUCGUAUUGUGUGUGGGAUUAACAGUGAUGCAGUAAGAAAUAUUCUAAUACGCAAAACAAGUUUAACUUUAGACAAGGCUCUAAACAUAUGCAGUGCAAACGAAUUGUCGGAACAACAAGUAAAAGAUCUUACUAAUUAUCAAGAUGUCGAUGAACUGAAGGCUAGGAAGAAUUUGAAAACCUCAAGAGGAAGUUACACAAACUUAAGUCAAACAAAAGAAGAUAAACAUCGAGGACAAAGAUUCGUAUUAAAGAACAAUUGCAGAAACUGUGGAGGAAAACAUCUUCCAAAGCAAUGCCCAGCUUUUGGAAAAAUUUGCCACAAAUGUCAUAAGAAAAACCACUUUGCUCGGGUGUGUCUAACGUCUACACUAAAGUCACAAAGAACAGUUCAUGAAGUUAGUGAUGAAGAAUUGUUUAUUGGUGCUGUUAAUGCAAUCAAACCUACGCAACAACGCACAAGCUCGAAAGUCGACUAUCGAAUGAAUAUUGAAGCUGUAGAAAAAAGCAAAGACGAGUGGUAUUCUGAACUCAAGUUUGGCAGACAUUUGGUGAACGUGAAGGUGGAUACAGGCGCAAAAUGUAAUGUGCUUUCUAAAAAAUUGUUCGAUAAAGUCAAAGAAGCUGAGCAACAAGUUACCAAAACAAAUACAAAGCUAAUGUGGAAUAGUGGAGAUUCAGUUCAAACCUUGGGACAAGCAGUGAUGACGUGUUCUCACAAAGGCAAACGAUACAAUCUUCUUUUCUAUAUAGCGACACACGAUGUAAAGCCUAAUCUAGGUUUACCUGAUUGCGAGCGUUUGGGUAUGGUGAAAAGAAUUAAAGAUGUCAAACCUAUUUUCACUAGGGACGAUAUUCUCAAUGAAUAUGCAGAUCUCUUCGAUGGCAAACUAGGAUGUUUACUCAUUAAACAUCAUAUCAGUGUCAAUCCAAAUGUAAAACCUACAAUUCAUCCUCCUCGACGCGUUCCAGUAGCUAUGAGAACGAAAAUUAAAGAAGAGUUAGAACGAAUGCAACAGAUGGGUGUCAUCGAUCCUGUAGAAAAACCUACGGAAUGGGUUUCGUCAAUGGUAACAGUGGAAAACCAAACAAGUUACGAAUAUGUAUUGAUCCUAGACAUCUUAAUGAAGCCAUUCAGCGAGAACAUUACCCUCUCUUAA